AUGGAAGGCAAAGUGGGUCUUGCUCAAGAUCGAAAACCCACAAAAGAAAGAGUAGUUUGUUGUAUAGGUGAUGUCCAUGGAUUCAUUCACAAACUCCAGAAACUGUGGUCCAAUCUCGAAACCUUAAUAGAACCAUCUGAUUUCGAAACAGCUCUGAUUAUUUUCUUGGGUGAUUACUGUGAUCGUGGUCCGGAUACGCGAAAGGUGAUCGAUUUUUUGAUUUCUUUGCCAUCAAAAUACCCAAAACAAUCCCAUGUUUUUCUCUCAGGGAACCAUGAUUUCGCAUUUGCUGCAUUCAUGGGGCUUCUUCCUGUGCCACCUGAUGGGUCGGAGUUUUCUGAGACUUGGGAUGAGUAUAAAGCCAGUGAGGAGAGAGAAGGGUGGUAUAAGGGUGAUGGGUAUGAGAAGAUGCAUCUGCAAGGGAGGAGGUGGGCUGGGAAAAUUACAGUUCGGUUCAAUGCUGUAAAGGGGACCGAGUAUCAAGGCUCGAUUUAUGAUGCUGGGCCGACUUUUGAGUCUUAUGGGGUUCCACAUGGAUCUUCAGGUAUGAUUGUUGGCGGUUUUGUUGUUGGCUUUUUUGAUUCAGAUUGA